CUUUACCUAAGCCCCCGUAUACCCUUACCCACGCACAUACACACUUUCCGGGGCAAAAUUUAUGGAUUUGUUAUAAAAACUAUCCAAACGAUCGUGGUACGCUGUCAGUUACGUUUCAAACCACGAUCACAGCACAUCGUGAUCUCGUCGGAAGAUCCGCAUCAUUCCAAGAUGUUUAGGGAAUACAGUUUGUGCGCUGUUGCGAUAGUGCUGUACGUUCUUAUCGGGCUGGUUAGUUCGACCGGGUUCUACAUCGACAAUGGUGUCGAUCAAACCGUCCGGGAGAAGAGUGUCGAGCUGCACGAGCGGCAAGAGAUUGAGCAUGAAAUUCUAGAACUGCUGGGACUUCCCGAUCGUCCCAACAAGCAGCAUGUGCAUCCUUCCUUAAGAAAAUCAGCACCCCAGUUCCUGCUCAACAUCUACCACAAGUUUACGGAGGAAAUGAACGGUGGCCGGCGGCGGAAACGGUACGCGGACGGCGCCAACCUGCUCACGAUCGCCGACGAACGGGCGAUCGGCGAGAGUGACGUGAUCAUGUCCUUUCUCAACAAAGCCAACCGCCAUCUGCCCAAGAUCCGGCAUCAUCGCGGUGGCCAUCGGCUGUGGUUCGACACGGCCGAGAUCGAUGCGGAGCGGGACAACAAUCAGCUGCUGUACGCGAGCUUGCGCAUGUACAAGAACCGCACGACCGAGCGGCCCUGGGAUGCGAUCGUCCGGGGCCGGCAGAUAGUGGUGCGUGCGUCACUGAUCGGUGGGUACGAUGCGGCAAAGGAUGGGCAUCGGUUGGAGCUGGUGGCGGAACAAUCGGUACCGUACAACUACGACGGCUGGGUCGAGCUGAACGCUACCCAGGCCAUGCAACGGUGGGUCGUCGAGCGGGUCGCCAAUAAGGGCAUUUUCGUUGAGGUUUACUAUGAGGAAAGCCCACGGAAGGAGAUUCUGCCGCACGAGGUCGGUUUGAUACUGUCGAACCGGUUCGGUCGCUAUCAACCGUUUCUCGUGGGCUACUGUAAAGGGCCGGAGCUGGUCCAACCGACGGCAGCCCUUGCCGGUGGCAGUGGGACGGUCGGGGGGCGCUCGAAACGUAGCGUCCGGCGAAAGGCGGGAACCGGCACUGGGAAGCGUAGCGAUCGGGUGCGAAAUCCGUUCCUGGAGCGGUUCGGCGGCGGUGGCGAACGACACAAAAGCUGCCAGAUACAGACGCUGUACGUGAGCUUCCGGGAUCUGAACUGGCAGGAUUGGAUCAUCGCGCCGGACGGGUUCGGGGCGUUCUUUUGCUUCGGCGAGUGUAACUUCCCGCUCAACACGCACAUGAACGCGACGAACCAUGCGCUGAUACAGACGCUGGUGCAUCUGAUGCAUCCGACGCGCGUCCCGAAACCGUGCUGUGCACCGACCAAGCUGAAUCCGAUCUCGGUGCUGUAUCAUAUCGAUGAUGCGAACAUUAAUUUGAAAAAGUAUAAAAAUAUGGUUGUUAAGAGUUGUGGGUGUCUGUAGGGAGGGUCCUGGGGCGGAUGGGAGAGGCUUGUGGCGUUUGAAGCUUCCAGUGAUAGGGGGAAAACAAGGAAGGGAACGAGAACAAAAUGUAAAUUAGGCUUUAAAUAAAACUAAUUAAUGAAUGGAUGUUCAUUAACUUACUUUUACGAUUUUACGAUAGAAAUUUACACCUUUUUAACAAUGUUUAGAUGUGUUUAGAGGAAGGCGUUUUGUUGUAUAUUCCAAUUAUAUGUUAAGCCAUUUAAAACCUCGAAAAAUUGCACUACAUAAAUAUUAAAAAAAGACUGAAAUGAUAAAAAUAAAAAAUAAAAAAGAGAGCUUUUAGUUACCAUCAUGUUGAAAUAUAAGAAAGAAUAAAACAAUUAAAAGUAACAAACUACGAAAUACGAAAGAAAGCAAUAAAACAUGAUAUGAAAUUAAAAUGGAAAAAAAAUUCUAGGGGAAGACGGGGUAAAGACGGACAAAAGGAAGUUCAGGAAAAUGUAAAAAAAAAUGUAAAAAAUAUAAAUAC